CGCCAAUCUUCGACCGAAGACGCAAGUGAUCUUUUCUUCCUUCUGUAUCACCACCACCAUGGCUCCCUCCGCUGACACGACGCUGGGCCUUCUGGGCACGGGCAAGAUCGGCUCGGCCGUCUUCACGGGCUUCUGCAGUGACAAUGGCUGGCAGCCCAAGCACGCGUUCGUUUCGGCGCGCACUAAGGCCAAAGCUGAGGCGCUGGUGGCCAAGUUCCCUGGCCGCGUGACCAUCGGCGCGUCCAACCAGGAGAUAGUGGACAAGAGCGACGUUAUCUUCAUCGGACUGUUGCCCAACGUGGCGCGUGAGGAGCUGCCCAAGCUCUCAUUUGCUGGUAAGAAGGUGGUGUCCAUGAUGGCCACCAUCCCGUACGACGAGCUGCUGCAGCUCGUCAAGCUGCCCACCGAGAGCGUCGUGCGUUCUGUUCCGCUGCCUGCUGCCGCCAAGCGUGCCGGCCCCAUCCUGGCCUACCCGGACAACGUAUUUGCUCGUGACCUGUUCGCUCAGAUCGGCACGCCUGUCAUGGUGGCUGAGGAAGCCGAGAUCACCAAGCUAACGGGCAUCACGGCCCUUAUCUCCUUCUUCUACGCCACGUGCGAUACCACCCAGAAGUGGUGUGUCAACAACGGUGUCGGCGACCAGGCUUCGCGCGACUACAUUGCAUCCUUCUUCCACGCACUGGCCACGGCCGGUGCCGAGUCCAACGAAGGCUUUGGAGAGAUGGCCGACGAAGCAGCCACGCCUGGCGGUCUGAACGAGCAGGUGCACCGUGCGCUGCAGGGCAAUGGCGGCUACGAGCUGGUGGCCGACCAACUGGACGCCAUCUUCAAGCGCUUGUCUGGAACCGACCCGGCCCCGCGUCCCGCUCGCAGCUAAGUUGUUGCUGCCCUGUGAACUUUGUCGGUUGUUCAUUAAAGACAGAUACACGGGGUUCUAACGUCAAAAGAAAUUCGUGCUGUUGCUUUUAGUGCCUGAUCCAAGGCUUUUGAUCUACUCAGUUGCCGUUAGAUAGCACUGCCUUCGACUUAGUAGAGCCCUUGAAUGGGUCUGAUAGCACGCCGGUCUUUUGCAUGAGCCAGAGCAUUUUACCGGCGUCGUUCGAGCCUGGUAUCCGCUUCCACUCGACUUUAUGCACCUCACCAGACGCAGAGCGACAGAGUGUAGCUUGUACGGGCGCUAGCUUGCUUGCAUCGACCGCCUGCAGUAAACAAUUGAUGGCCAAGCUGCCAUCAGCUGCAAAGUAUGGCUCCAGGAAGAUCGAGCCAACUGCGCGUGUAUCGGACACGCGACCUUCGCCAAUGCAACUGCCAUCCCACUCGCCCGUGACCACAAGACGGACGCUCGUGCGGUCCAAAUUCAUCGAGCUCUGCUUCAAUCCGAACGACAACGCGUCGUGGUGCAGUGCCAACGCUACCUGAGAGCACACAGUCGUCUCCACAAAUUCGCGCAGACCUUCUACGCCAGACACCUCGCGUUGAGACGCUAUCCCCGUCUGAAGAAGAAUCCGUGCUCCAGAAAUGAGCACCUCUGUCGAGAAGUUCUUGCCGAUAUUCAAGUCAAAAGCUGACAAAGUCGAGUCAAACGCGCAAGUUUUCCACCGAGGACCCACAUACACG